AUGCCUCUAGCGGCUCGUUGGGAUCCAGCGGAGGUCUUCGGACUCCGGAACCCGGCGGUCAAGGAGUGGACUUGCAAAGGUCUCCAUCUUGGCCAUGGGCUUCGGUGCGAUAGACUCUUUACCACACACGAUACUUCCCAGAUCCAAAAGACCAUGGCGAACAUGGUGGCCAUCAGCCCUCGGCGGGCGUAUGCGACUCCAAGCCAAAUCAAAGAGCUCGCAUAUCUCACCUUCUGCUCCCUACAUAGAAACCAAAUUGAGGAUGUGAGAAGGGUAUGGGCAGAAGGCUUCUUGUUUCCCCAAUCCACCUCGUCCACUCGCAUUCCCCGGCUCCGGCUCCGCAUCUCGGCUCUUAACAGGCCCAAGUCUGCCGCCGAGGAGGACGCCGUGCGCCUCAUCCAGCGCGAAGAAUGGGCCCUCAAUAUGCCGGACACCCACGUGGCCCGCAAGCACGAUGAGAGUCCCAACCCCGAUACGUUGGAGGCUGCACCCGGCUUCACAUCGACCCCUGACAUUGACAUGUCAUGGGGCUCCGAGGAUGUCGCCGACCUCGAGACCGCCAACAGCGCCGCCCCUGCCGCAGAGGAGCGACCUGCCACAACCACCGCGGCGCAGCAGCAGCAGCAGGCCAAGGACGUGGAAGACAAGGACGAGGCGGACAUGAUGGCGGAGAAGCUGCGCUUCUUGUUCGACAAGAUCGAGCGGCAGCUCGAAGAGAGCGCUGCGUGGGCCAAACUGGAGGGGCCGCUGGAGACCGAGAACGGCCAGCUGCGCGAGGAGACCGAGAAGCUGCGCACCGAGGCCGAGGGGCUGCGCGCCGAGAACGAGCGACUGUGCAACGAGGCCGACUGGCGGUCCUCGGACGAGGAGGCCGCGGCGGCGUCCCUGAGCCAGGCAGGCGCCGAGGCGUCGGAGCUGCGCGAGGAGAACGAGCGGCUGCGCGGCGAGUCGGACGAGCUGCACGCCGAGAACGAGAGGCUGCGCAUCGGGGCCGACUGCCUGCGCGCCGCGAACGAGAGGCUGCGCACCGAGGCCGACUGGCUGUGGGCGGGCGAGGAGGACGCGGCGGCGUCCCUGAGCGUGGCGACCGCCGAGGCAGCGCGCCUGCGCGCCGAGAACGAGACGCUGCGCGGAGAGUCCGAGCGCCUGCGCGCCAGCCUCGAGCUCACCAACGACGAGCUGGUGGCGGAGCGCAAGGCGUGGUUCGACGCCGAGGUGAAGACGGCCGAGGCCCUGCUCGCGGCGGCCGCCGAGGCCGAGGGGCUGCGCGCAGAGAACGAGAGGACCCGCGCCAAGGCCGGGGAGCUCCACGCCGGGUUCGAGAGGUUCCGCGGCGAGGUCGAGGAGCUGCGCGCCGGGUUUGAGGCCGCCAACGGCGAGCUGGAGGAGGAGCUGCGCGCCGGGUUCCAGGCCGCCAGCAGUGAGCUGGAGGAGAAGCUGCGCGCCGAGACCGAGCUCCGGGACGCUGCGGAGGAGUCCCGGCGCGUGGCGCUCGUCGAGGCCGAGGGACUGCGCACCCUGAACGAGACGCUUCGCGCCGAGGCCGACGACCUGCGGGAGUACAAUGAGGAGUUGUCGGCCAAGAAUAGGCGCCUGGGCAAAGAGAGCAAGCGGAUGCGCAAGGAGAACAAGAAGCUGCGCAAGGCGAGCGAGCGACUGCAGUUUGAGAGCGAGCGACUGCAGGAUGAGGCCAACACGCAGCUCACAAGUCAUGAGUGGACCGAGUGGGAUUACAUCUGCCAGAGGUAUCGCGAUGGUUGGGUCCAUCUUGAGAGGAUGUACCUGGAGCUCGCGGUGCCGAGGUGGCAGCCGCCACCGCACGGUGGGUGGUUUGGCUUUGGGGCAAGAGAUGCUCCGGUCGGGUUCUGCGCCGCGAAGGCUGACUUCGGAAUGGUCGUCUGGCCUGUAAAGUCGGGAUGCAGGGAGGAUGUCACUGUGUCUGACGUGGAAGAGUUCUUCCGGAAUUAUCUGCUACGAGAAGCCUGGAGCCAAGACGAACACUAUGAGCGGCUGGACGAGGAGAGGCAUCGCUGGCUGCCGGAGAACCUGGACGACAUGUUUGGGGAGGAGAUUUAUGCAGCUGUCAAGGAGGAGGUCGAUAUGGUGAAUGCGGCUCUGGGCAAUAUGAAUUAG